AUGAACAGCAAAAAUGAGAGAUACUCACGAGUGGCUACUUCUGACUUCGAUGAGUCGCUUUCUUCAGAUGAGCAGUUAUAUGGAGCCAGGAAGCAGAAUUUCCGAUCCAUUUAUCUGCAAUAUGGGGCCUGCACCCUCUUGCUCUUAUCAAACAUUGUCUUUCUCGGUCUAUGGUGGCGGGCUACGCAGCUAGAAGAUAUUUGCGUCAGACCGAAAGUGUCAUAUUCUCCGGCUAAACACGUCAUCUCUUAUGAGCCAACACGUCUCUACCGGGAUAUCCAGCAUAAUGUUUUCAGCAACGAUCCUCGCGUGGAGCCUAAUCCUGAAUUUGACGCAGCAUGGAAUCAUUUGAUAGAACCGAUGACAAUUAAAAUAUCCGGCGAAGAAUUGUCGCAUCUCCCUGACCCGAGUAUUGCUUUCAAAGACGGAUCCGGGUAUAUCGCAGAACUGGCUGUAUACCAUGAGCUUCAUUGCAUUAAACGCAUACGUCGCCAUUUCCACCUAGACCGGUACUAUCCUAAUAUGACCGACGACGAAUGGAACCGCGAGCAGAUCCAUGUGGAUCAUUGUCUUGAGUACUGGCGCGAAGCAGCCAUGUGCCGAGGUGACACUACUCUGUCCACCUUUCGCUGGGAGGAAGAUUUACCAUUUUCACGCGUCUAUAGUGACCAUGAGUGCGUGAAUUGGGCAUCGUUGGACAAAUGGGCGAGGUCGAGAAUGGUUGACAUGAGCAAUUAUGAUAUGCUAGAGCGAUAG